GUUGAUGGGUUAGUGUAAAACAUGAAACAUCAACAUUAUACGCACACAAACACGACUCGUCGUAUGCACACACCCUUACUUUCCACACAAUUGCAUGGAAAUCGAUGAAAAAUAUGUUUCUUCUAUGUUUCACACUCAACAUGAAACAUAAUCCUCCACCACGAGUUUCAAAAUAACACCACAAAUAGGCCAGAAAAUCUUCAUUUUCCUGUAUUUCCUGCCAUCUCAGUGAUGUUACGCGGCAGAGUUCUUCCUGUUGUGCGAUUUCGGCAUUCCUGCAGAAGUUCCGCAACACUUCCGGAUCAGGCGGCUUCAUUUGAGGAAUUCCGCACCGGUGAAGCUCAACCAUCUAAGCAGAGUCUCCUGCAUGAGGGAAAAUUCUACACAGUUGCCCCGGAAGUUAAGAAGCGCCUCUUCACACAUGGAGGCUUUCCGCGAUUGUACGAGAAGCAGGUGAAGACAUUCGCCGAAGCAACACUAAUGGUCAGGAAACCCGCCCUAGAAAUAAUGGAUUACAUCGGAAGGACGAAUUUCAAUAAACCCCCAAUUCGGUAUGUUCUGUACGGGAAGGAUGGAGUAGGGAAGUCCCUGACAAUGGCACAUUUGCUGCAUUUUGGCAUGGAGAAUGGCUUUGUGAUUGUUCACGUGCCCUGGGUGGCUAAUUGGCUGAAGAGACCACGAGAACUGGUGAGCCUCAAUGAACCUGAAGGAUUCCACGACAUGCCUCUCGAUGCUGCAGCAUGGCUCAUUCACUUCAAGACACAGAAUCAGCCAUUGCUAUCCCAGUCAGAGCUGACAGUGAGCAAGGAGUAUGUGUGGAGUCCGAGAGAAUCCACCCCAAAGGGAGCAACGCUGCUGGAACUCGUGGAACAUGGGAUAAAUCGCAUGAAAUUCGCAUCGGGAACUAUUGAGGCACUUCUGCAGGAACUGAAGAUUCUCUCCACGGCCGGGAAGUGCAGGACAAUGGUGGCAAUUGAUGGUUUCAAUGCGUUUCUCGUGAAAAAGACCACCCUUCAGGGGUUAUACAAGAAGCGAAUCCCUCCGGAGAAGAUCACCAUUGUCAAACCAUUCCUGGACAUUGUUAAUCAGGAUUGGCAGAAUGGCGUUUGCAUCCUCACUGUGGACAAAAUGGCCGUUGAACGUGGAACCACAGAAAAUGAAUUACCUUUCAAUCUCCUGGGCAGGGAAGGAUUUGAACUCUUAGAUCCCUUUGUGCCCAUCCACGUGGGUGAUUACACAGAGAAAGAGUACUACAGUUGCAUUGAAUACUACCUCAAUCGUCGGUGGAUCCAAAAUCGCCAGGAUGGGUAUGAUGAGGAGCUAAAGUACCUCAGUGCGAAGAAUCCUUUUAAAUUAAUGCAGCUGUGUUCAUCCUUAUAAGCUUAUUAUUGUUUUUUUUUUAAUAUAGAAGAAAAAUUAGGAAAA